AGCGGCGUCGGUGCAUCGCGUCCGUCAUCACUCGCACGCCGCCCGCGUCGCGCCGACUCUCCCGGCUUUUCCGUUGCUGUCCGCGCGUUCAAAUCACCGUCGCCGAGUCAUGCGUCCAACGGACCGACCAGACAUCAUUGUUAUCCGCACGACGACUCGCCGUCACAGUGACAAUAAUUAUUUAUAAUUCGAUAUUUUAAUAAAUCCGUUUUGUCGGACUCUCGUCAUCGAUAAUCGGAGAUCGCGAGCAUCUCUAUUGCGCUUCCUGGACCGCGCGCGCGCGUAAAUCGCAACAACGGUAUUGUGUGCUGUAAUAAUUUUCACCGUAUAAAUUAUAUUAUCGAGACGCAGAGAGUCACGCCGCCGUCUCGAUGAACGUCAAAAAGCAACAGAUGCAAUUGCAGCUGCAGCUGCAGCAACCACAGCGGCGUCACGACCGCACCGGGUUCGAGGCCCCGUUGGACCAACCGAUGCCGGUGGCCGAGACGUCACCGCCCGGCGGCGCGUUACCGUGGUCGACCGCCGUCACCGGCGACACGGCCGGCCGGUACGAUCACCCGCACCGCCGCCGGGGUCCGCCGGUCGCCGGCGCCGUACCGUCGGACGCGCCCUCCGACCACACUGGCUCGCCGACCGAAGCCGACGACGCCACCGCCGCCGUCCCGGCCGCUCGUCCCGGCCGUCCGCAGGACCGAGCGGUCACCACCCCGCCGCCGCCGUCGCCGCUGCAACUGCCCAGCCCGUACUACGACCGGAAUCCCGUCAUCGGUUUCCCGGUGCAUCACCACCACCACCACCAUCACCGCCACGGCUCCAAGUCACCGCCGUCGCCGUCGACGAACGCCACCACGACCGUGCCGCUGGCCAACGUGCAGAACGUCGGGUACGCCACCGGCGACCAGGGCCACAAGGAUCACUACGCCAACAGUUCAAAGGUAAGUGCUUACUACUACCAGCGGCACAACUACAAGUCCAGCGAUUCGACGGAAGGGCGGGACGACGACAAGGAAAACAUCAAGCAACGGGACACCGCCGAGUGUCUACAACAGCAGUUGGACGAAGUAUUGCAGGCGUGCGUCGAUUACGAAGAGCGGAACAAAAGCCAGCAGCAGCCGCAGUCUGAAAGUUCCGGAAACACGUCGCCAGGCACUAGUGCACCGUCGACGACCACGCCACCGCAACAAAACCGGAUCAAAACAAAUGGUUCUCUGCCGCGGGAUAGCAAGAAGUCCACCACAGAGACGUCUUCGCCAACGUCGCCAUUGUCGCCGAUGACGUCGCCACUGUCCCCGUCAUCGACGACCUGGUCGUCCGUUACUACACCGUCUCCCCCUACGAUGUCACCGUUGUCAUUGCGCGCAGUUGGCAGAGACAGUGAUUCAGUAUUUUUAGAAAACGAUAAUCAUCCACCGUCAACCGUAAUAUGCGGAAGUCCAAGGACCAGAAUAAGAACGCUUGUCCCAUCUUGUACGACAGCCGUUGAAGAAUUAUACUACAACGGUGCUAAGGACCAACUCGGUCAGAGUCAGCAUAAUGGCCAAGACAGCACCGACGCCGGUUUCAAAACGUCACCGACUACUGCAGAUAACCUCUCAUCGAAAUCGCCAGACCGGCCGAUGCAGCUGCAGUCGUUGCAAUCGACAUUCCUCCAAUCGUCUCCGCCGCCUUCGUGGCAGACGACAACGAUGUGGCUGCGUUCGUCGCCAUUUGCAGCGGAUUCCAAAGACAGUGGCUCGACAAAAGCUCCGACGGUUUCGUUAGCUGCUGCCGACAGGUUGGCUGAGGCAGCUGAGCAACGUCGUAAGCUGCUGGUCGAAUUGUCUGCGCACAAAUCUCGGCUGGUCGAGUUGCACUUGCGUCGCGAAGAAGUCGAUCGGGAGUUAAUUAUCGAGACCGCGUUGUUGCGUGCCGAACUCGAUGUUGCUGACGAUGAAACUCGCCAGUCGGACAACAUUGUAGACGGUUUGGACCGCGCUGUGGCGGAUUGCCGACAAAAAAUGGACGUAUGUACUGUGAAACAGCAAGAUCAAAGGAUGGCAGCUGACUCGCAGUUGGCAGGACACCGGCAAACACUCCAAGGGUUACGGAAACGGUUAGAAUCGAUCGAGGACAACGACGUGCUGAAAAAUGAAAUACGUGCUUCCAUUGAUAAACAGACGGAACUGUUGGAUGCCGAACAAAAGUUGUACGAAGAUGUAGAAUUCGGAUUGCUGGAAGAAGAGGCCGGAUGGCUGGCCCGUAGAGAAGAGUUGCACAGGGAUCGGGCCGCUGCCGUGGCGGUCAGGCGUGCUCGACGGGCUCGUGCCGAGUGGUUACGCGCGCAACUCGAUCAGCUCCGUAGUGUGGGCGAUGACCAGUUACGAGCACUGAGGGCUGACAUAAAUACAGCGACAUUGUCCAUUCAACAGGGUCACAAGAAACUGCAAGAACUGGACGCCGCCGCAGCCAGCACGACGGCCGCGACAAACACAUUAUCAGACCAAUACCGCCGUCCCCAUCAGUUUCAUAAAGAAUCGCAUUCUAUGCAGUCGGCAGCGGAACAUCAACCUCCCAAGUCUUUGGAAUGGUCGUGGGACCAGCAUAUGAAAUCUCCCAUGUCACCGAGGCCACCGUCGUCGUUGUCGUGGGAUCUGCAGCCGUCGAGGUCACCGUGGUUUUCGACAACCACUCCCGUGACGGAAGACACGCCGGCAAACAACGGCAACAGCUUGAUGACUGGUAGCAUGACGACGACGUGCUGUAGCAGUAUAGCCAGCAGUGGUGGCGAGGACGACGGUUGUGCCCGACCGGUAUCGGAUGACUCUAUUUCACGAAUGUCUAUGUCGACUAUCUUCGACGGAGGGGCCACGAUCAAACUCCGACCAAAGAACAAAACGUCUCCGUCGGAUAUCACAAAAAGGCCGUUGACUAGAUAUCUACCGAUCCGGUACGACGACAACGGUUCGACCGAGAACCAAAUGGCGUUCGACUUGCGAGCGCACAUCGAGUCUGCGGGACAUCAGCUGGACGACGACAACAGCACCGGCGUCGACCGGCAUUUCUGGAUCGACAGCACGUCGUGCCGUGGCUAUUUGAAAAAGCUUUCCGGUUCCGGUGCCAAUAACGCGCGCCGAAGCGGCCGCAAGUGGCUGAAGAGAUGGUUCGUGUUCGAUAGGCGGUCGAGGGCCCUGUCCUAUUACCGACACCGGUCCGACGACGGCUCGGACGCCGCCAAUCAACGAGCAGGCGCCGCUGCGACCGAGAAGAAAAUCGCGCCGAGGGCGUCGAUUCGUUUUCAGGACAUUCAGGAAGUGUACGUCGACCACACGAACAGCAUCAAGGGACAGGGUUGCGCGUUCGUAGUAAAAACAGCACAGCGGACGUUUUACCUGUCUGCAGCGACCGGUCAGGCGGUCCGAGUGUGGGUGGACGUCAUAUUCACCGGCGCCGAAGGGUAUAGGGAGUACCGAAAAGCUUCGACCGUCGACGGUGGCCGAUGAGUUCAGCAAACGAAAUCCUAACUUGUCCCUCGUCCGGGGGCUAAUUUUAUAUUUAUUUUUAUUUUUAUACCGAGUCGUCUAAUACGGCCGUGUUAAUUUUUUUUCGCCAAAUUUAUCGUAGUUUUAUCCACUGUACCUACCAUUACAUUAUACUUACAUUUAAAUGAUUGACGUGACUGUGAAAUGCGGUUGAUGUAUUUAUGUGUAUUUUUUUUUUUUUUUUUUUUUAAUUGUUAUUGACUUUGAAGCGGCUGUCGAGUUGCGAACAAUUUAAUCUAUAUAGACUGGUUAUAUUAAAUUUCGUGUACACCUAGCUACAUAUGUAUAUAUUUUAUGGAUUAAAACUAUUUACUUAAA